UGAUUGAACAAUGACAUUGAUUGAUGAUUGACAGCACCUGUGAUAAAUGAGUGUUGUGUUGUAUAAAAGCAGCAGCUUCAGUUUUGUUCAAGCAUGAGCUACUCUUUCCAUUGACACUCCACAAGUUCAUCAUUUGCAAGGCAUCACUUCAGAAUGGCAGCAAAGAGAGUGUUGAUUGUAUAUGCACACCAGAGCUCAGGGUCAUUCAAUGCUGCAGCCAAAGAUGCUGCUGUAGAAGUUUUAGCCGCCCAGGGCUACACAGUUCAAGUAUCUGACUUGUACGUCAUGAAGUUUAAAGCCACUGCUACUGCUGAGGACAUCACUGGAGAAGUUAAGAAUGCAGAUCACUUCCGUUAUGCACAGGAGACUAAUCUCGCAUGGGAGGAGGGAAAACUGUGUGCUGACAUCACUGAAGAACAACGCAAACUCACUGAGGCAGACCUCCUCAUCUUUCAGUUCCCCAUGUACUGGUUCACUGUUCCUGCGAUCAUGAAGGGUUGGAUCGACCGGGUGCUCACACUGGGCUUUGCCUACUCCCAAGAGAAACGCUACAGCCAGGGAAUCUUUAAGGACAAGAAGGCCAUGCUCUCCUUCACAACUGGGUCUCAUGAGUCCAUGUUUAGUUCAAAUGGCAUUAAUGGAGACAUGAAUGUCACACUGUGGCCACUGCAGAAUGGCAUCCUGCACUACUGUGGCUUCCAGGUUCUGGCUCCUCAGAUCUUCUGGGCUCCUUCUCACAUUCCCUCUGAGGUCCGCGGCACCAUGCUUGAGGGCUGGCGUACACGAUUGCAAGGUGUCCUGGGAGAGAAACCACUUUACUUCACUCCCUUGGACUGCUUUGAUAGGGAGAAGGGUUAUCAGCUGAAGCCUGAGGUCCAUGAGAAACAUGCCACCAAGGAGUUUGGACUGACCGUGGGGAUCCACCUGGGCAUGGCACUACCACCCAACAACCAGAUGAAAGCUGGCGUCUAAAGAUGGCAUUAGCUUGUCCAACCUGUCCUAUUGCAUGAUGGCAAAUAAAUAAACGCUGAAUGAAAUAUUCA